AUGGGUUUGGAUCUUUUAUAUUGGAAUAUUGACUCGAUGAACGUUUUGCAUAAAACUAGAAAUUCGAGGAAGGACCCUCGAAAUUCUAGUCCUAGCUUCAACGGACUAGACGACGAUCCCAGACCUCCGGCUAUUCAGCUUGACCUCUCCGACGCCGAGGAACUGCUUUCUUCCAAUCUUCAGUACUUGGAGAUUUCCUCCUCCAAGAAAUCAAAGAACAUUUUGCCCAAACGAUCCCUAGCCAUGACUUCUUCGGACUCGCUUCCCAACGACUCGAACAAGUACUCCAAUGAAUCUUACUACCCCUGCAACUCUUCAUUGUGGAACAGCAUGAUUAACAACUUGAACUAUGAGAAGAGCGGCUGGGUUGAGACUAAUUGGGAUUUCAACGAUUGGAACGCCCUGGGCUCCGAUUUGACGACCAACAGCGGUACUAUUAACAGCUUAAAUGAAGAGAAGAACUCUGACAUUUUUCAGAAUAACUCCAACAAUUCCAGCAACACCAGUUCCAACGAAUACUCUAACUUGAACAGUUCUUCUGAGACCUCCAAAGGGACUAAUUUGAAUUCUGGUAAUCAAUCAUUUUCUGUUUCUAAAUCGCUUUCCUCCGAGGGCACUAAGAACGACAGUACUGCCGAGACCACUCCUGAGACCAUGAUCAACAGCUCCGUUCAAACCAUCAACUUAACAAAUUUAAAGGGUUGCCACUUUCCUUCCCUCUUGAAGUCCAUAAAAAACGUUACCAGCUUCUUGAAUAAUCAUCCGCCUUUAUCUGACGUUAAAGAGGAGGAGGUUGUGAACUCUUCAUGUUCCAAUGACAAGCCAGGUAAACCUAGGAAGGAUUCCAAGGAUUCUAUCUCUGAACAGGACUUAGAUUUCACUAACAUAACUCAGAGUAACGGUCCUCCGGUCACAGUCAAGGUCUUCACUUCUUGGAACGGCGACGGUGUGAACACUGCUUCCGUAAAAAAGUCUGAAAAGGUCCAGCUCGUUGCGCGUUCUGGCAAUUGGAUUUACGUCAGGGUUCUUUCUAACCUGAAUCGAUGCGGCUGGAUACCGGAGUUCACCCUCGUUGAAUCCGAGAUGCUUUCCAGGAAGAUGCUCUCAAAUUAA